CUUAGCCUCGCUAGGAGGCACGUUUUGACCUCUUUGGUCACGACCAUCCCUUUUAAUCCAGCCAAAGAGCGCUCCUCGUUCCUAUGGCAACCGUGCCUGGUCCACGCGCAGACGGCGGGUGACAAGGGUCAAAACAGAUUCUAAGACUAGACGCUCUCUACCUGUUCAGUCCGUGCCUGCGAUGCGCCGGGCCUUUAAGUAUCACGUGACUCCCUUCAGGCUUGUCUCCUCCUCCUUCCCCUCCCCAGGCCCCGGCGAGCGCUAGUGUGGACCGGAGGCUCCCAGCCGGCGGACUAACUGGAUCUCGGACGCUGCAGUCAUUUAGGCCGGUGCCCUUUCCCGGUAACUCCUUCCCGGCGUGACGCGCGGAGCCGCGGACGCGGCGGGACCGGGCAGCUCUGGGAAGGAAGAGAAAUGGAAGUGAAAAAGUUGAGCAUAUCCUGGCAGUUCUUGAUAGUUCUGGUUCUGAUCCUGCAAAUUCUGUCUGCGUUGGAUUUUGACCCAUACAGAGUCCUAGGGGUCAGCCGAACAGCCAGUCAGGCUGAUAUUAAAAAGGCUUAUAAGAAGCUCGCCCGGGAAUGGCAUCCUGACAAAAACAGAGAUCCUGGAGCAGAAGACAAGUUUAUUCAAAUUAGCAAGGCUUACGAGAUUCUUUCCAAUGAAGAAAAGAGAUCAAAUUACGAUCACUAUGGAGAUGCUGGAGAGAACCAGGGCUACCAGAAGCAGCAGCAGCAGCAGCAGCGAGAGUAUCGCUUCCGCCAUUUCCAUGAAAAUUUUUAUUUUGAUGAAUCUUUUUUUCACUUCCCUUUUAAUUCUGAGCGGCGGGACUCCAUUGAUGAAAAGUAUUUAUUGCACUUUUCACAUUAUGUGAAUGAAGUGGUUCCAGAUAGCUUCAAGAAACCCUACCUCAUUAAGAUCACCUCAGACUGGUGCUUUAGCUGUAUCCAUAUCGAGCCUGUUUGGAAAGAAGUAGUUCAAGAACUGGAAGGAUUGGGUGUGGGAAUCGGCGUGGUCCACGCUGGGUAUGAGAGGCGCCUGGCCCAUCACCUGGGAGCACACAGCACACCCUCUAUCUUGGGGAUCAUAAACGGGAAAAUCUCCUUCUUCCAUAAUGCGGUUGUCCGUGAGAACCUACGGCAAUUCGUAGAGAGUCUUCUUCCGGGGAACUUGGUGGAGAAAGUUACAAAUAAAAAUUAUGUCAAAUUCCUCUCUGGCUGGCAGCAGGAGAAUAAACCACACGUCCUUCUGUUUGACCAAAUGCCUGUUGUACCCCUGCUGUACAAGUUGACCGCUUUUGCAUACAAAGAUUAUUUGUCAUUCGGAUAUGUCUGUGUGAGUUUGAGAGGGGCGGAAGAGAUGACGAGGCAGUUCAACGUCAAUGUCUAUGCCCCCACCAUGCUGGUCUUUAAAGAACACGUCAACAAGCCUGCAGAUGCUAUCCAGGCCCGCGGUAUGAAGAAACAGGUCAUUGAUGACUUCAUCACCCAAAACAAGUAUCUGUUGGCAGCCAGGCUCACCAGCCAGAAGUUGUUCCAUGAACUCUGCCCCGUGAAACGGUCUCACCGACAGAGGAAGUACUGUGUGGUUUUACUGACUGCCGAGGCCACCAGGUUGAGUAAGCCCUUCGAGGCCUUCCUGUCCUUUGCCCUGGCAAACACACAAGACACAGUGAGGUUCGUGCACGUCUAUAGCAACCGGCAGCGGGAGUUUGCCAACACUUUACUUCCAGACAGUGACACAUUUCAAGGAAAGUCAGCGGUGUCUAUCUUAGAAAGGCGCAACACAGCCGGCAGGGUGGUAUAUAAAACCCUGGAGGAGCCCUGGGCAGGGAGCGAGAAUGAUAAAUUCACGCUUUUGGGUUAUCUCGACCAGCUGCGGAGAGACCCAGCUCUUCUGUCCUCGGAAGCUGUGCUCCCCGACUUGACCGAUGAACUUGCCCCCAUUUUUCUCCUUCGGUGGCUCUACUCCGCUUCUGACUACAUCUCGGACGGCUGGGACAGCGUGUUUCACAGCAACUGGCGGGAAAUGAUGCCUCUCCUGUCGCUGCUCUUCUCCGCCCUCUUCAUCCUCUUCGGCACCGUCAUGGUUCAGGCUUUCAGUGACUCAAAUGAUGAGCGAGAGUCCAGCCCUCCAGAUAAAGAGGAAACCCAGGAGAAGGCCGGGAAGACCGAGCCCAGCUUCGCCAGAGAAAACAGCAGCAAGUUUCCCAAAAAAGGCUUUGUGGAGGUAACCGAACUCACAGAUGUAACGUACACCAGCAACUUGGUACGCCUGAGGCCAGGCCACAUGAAUGUCGUCCUCAUCCUGUCGAAUUCCACCAAGACCAGCCUGCUACAGAAGUUCGCUUUGGAGGUCUACACAUUCACCGGGAGCAGCUGCCUACACUUCUCCUUCCUGAGUCUAGAUAAACACAGAGAAUGGCUUGAAUACUUAUUAGAAUUCGCUCAAGAUGCAGCCCCGAUCCCAAACCAGUAUGACAAGCAUUUCAUGGAACGUGACUAUACUGGUUAUGUACUGGCUCUGAAUGGCCACAAGAAAUACUUCUGCCUCUUUAAGCCCCAAAAAACAGUGGAAGAAGAGGAGGCCAUGGGGGCAUGCGGUGGUCUUGACUCUCCCCUCCAUCUGGGUGACUCUCGGGGGAAAUCUUCCUGUGGCCUUGGAUCCAGGCCCAUCAAAGGGAAAUUGAGCAAGUUGUCCUUGUGGAUGGAACGCCUGUUGGAAGGCUCCUUGCAGAGGUUUUAUAUUCCCUCUUGGCCUGAGCUAGACUGAGAGGAUUUCAAAGAGAGACUUGAACUCUUCAGACUUUUUAGCAGGCCCCUGCAAACAGGUAUUUUCAGGACUCAAACAAUCACAGCGGACAGUAUAGAUUUUAGAUUAUUCUUCUAGAACAGUGGCUAGAAGAAUCUUUCUUUUGUCCUGUUCUAACCUAGGAGCGAAAAACACAAGUCGACUUCCGUAGAUCAAAAUAUUUCCUUUGGGUUUUUUCCCUCGUUUGAAUGCCACACUAUCUACAGCAGACUGCUCGUCCCUCCUCCUUUGUCAUGCCCGUCACGCGCUCACAGCACCCUCCCCUGUCCUGUCCCUGCUAGUGGGGAAGCGCAGAUGCUCACCCCACAGCGGGACCUGGAUGGAAUCUCACGAGCCUGGUGUGCUGGCCGCUGGUUGGGUCAUUUUCCCUUCCUCCCCGUCCCGGCCCCGCUGGGCUUCUGCCACAGUGCACGCUGUCAGAGUGGAACGACCCGCAGCAGCUCUCUAGGCCCUGCGUCUGGAAAGAGGCCUCGUUCCAAGCAGUCUUACCUUUGAUGGUUUUUCAGGUAGUAAGUGGCUAACGUCGACUUUGGGGGUAUCCCCCUUCAGCAGUUUGUCAGCCAUUUUUACAAGGUUUUACAAGGAUAGAGAUGGGUGGAAUAGACUGCGUGUGAGUUGGGUGUUCUUCCUAAGGCAAGACAAGGGAGGGCUGGGCGGUGAUUGAAGUGACCCCUUUGUGAGCGCCCCACCAGCCGCCUCCCCAGCUCUAAGCGUAGCCAGGAGGAACAUGCACUGUAAUGUACUGUAAUGACUUGAGCCAUUUACGUGUAUGUUUUCAGAUGCCUUUCUCCCUCUGUCAGUUUUAGGGUAUGAAUAUUAGGAGCCACGACUUUAACCUUGUUCUCUGAACGUAGAGAUAAGCUGCUAUAAGCCGGUAGAUGGUAAACUGAAGACGCGUUCUCCCACCUGCCGAGUCAGGCGCGGGGAACCUCUUCACUCCCGUGGUGUCUCUUUAGUAAAAUACCAGACGUGUCUUUGUAUCAAGGAACCUGACAUUUCUCAACAAUUGUAUUUUGAACACUGUUACCCCAAAAGUGCUGUAUCUUCAUAUCCUCUUUUGUGACAAGUGAACCAAGACUGGUUCUAGACUCCUGUUUUGCAAAGUCUUACUUUGAGCUUCUGGCCUACAUUUGACGUCUCCUCUUAACUGUUUCACUCUUAACAUACAGCUGCUUCACCAGUAACAGGGUCAGACGUGUCAUCAGCUUGCUGAGCCACAGCGUGCGGUGGACUCCAGGCUGGAUCAUACUGGCCAGUUAGAGAACUUACCUUUUCUUUUUCAGAGCAAAACCACCAGUGGAGUUAGGACAGCCUCGGCGAGUUCUCUGGUCAGAUAUCAAAGGCACUUUGUAACGUGAAGGGUCAGAAUCCGUGAUGGAACAAAAGAAGUUAUUAUUUUCUUUAAACAUCAUUGUUUUAAACCAAGCCAUUUGGAUCCUGAACAAUUUAAAUAUUGAGCUCCAGUGGCAAGUGAUAAAUUAUUCAAGCCCAGGAAUUCUUAUAGUUUUCAUGGAAUCCGUAGUUUUAUGAAAAAAAUAAAAUCACCACCAGGCUUCAUUUUUCCACUUGAUCCUCUAAAAGUGGACGCUUACUCCGAUCGCCACAUCUCAUGGCCCCUGGGCCAGGUAGAAAUGAUCACAGUCCACAAAAUAAAACUUUCUGGGUCUCUUAUGGCCAGGUUGCUUAUAUGAGUAUGUUUUGGUUUGGUGGUAGGUUUUUUUAAUUUCCAGUACUAAUGGGAUUCUUGACCUUAAUUUCUGAAAACCAAAAACUCAACCAGAUUUGUUAAUUUAAAAUUUUUUAUUAAAAUAAAAAGCACCUUCAGACAGCUGUACCUUCCAUUCAUACUAAGAAAGCAAAAUGAUAAUAGGAUUGAAAACAUUCCCGGCAGAUAUUUCGGUCAAAAAAUUUUUCUGCAGGUCUCUUUGGGGGCUGGUAGAUAGGUCUCCCAAGAGGACACUCGGGAGCUUUUAUUUUAAAAUGAACUUUACCCUUGACCACCCAAGGCUUUCCUCCUGAAUGUUAUGUCCAUUAAUUUGUUCACUUUCAUGUCAGACCUUGGAGCCGUUGUCGUGCUCAGCCAGUGCCACCAUUUCUCUCGCCGAGGUGUAUAAUCACAGGCCUAAUUUUAGUUUGAAGUUAAGUUCCUAGCCUUUAUGGCCUUUGACUCUCUCUCCUAAACCAGCUAACCCUCCCCCCCUCCGCCCACUUUAUUAUGUAUCUUGAAACUGUGGACAUCGAUGAUUUUAGAGUUAGGUUUUACCGGUUGGUAGAGACUAUGCAUCAUGUUUAGAAGGGGAUGAAAACUGGCCUAAAAAAAAAAAAAAAAAAAAAACUUUGUAGAAUACAUGCCUAUUUAAAAAAUAUAUUUUUAUU